CCUCCAUUCUCUGUCGCGCUUCCCUUCCGACCCAGGAUCGGCCAUUAGUAAAGCCCUAGCUAGCUACCGACUCGGAGGUCGCCGGCGACAUGACCAGAACCAGGAAGCGAGCACGAAGGGACGAUUCCGAACCAACCAACGCCGGCGACGCGUCUCCAGAAGAUUCCGCUCCUCAACCCUCCACUGCUAUUCACGCUGAUGAAUCUCCUCCCGCCGCCGCCAACGGCGAUGCAUCUCCUCGCCGUGCCAGGGGGAGGCCUAAAAAGUCCGCGAAACGCAAGGAUAGGGCGGUGGAACCUAUGUCUCCAGAUUCGGAGAGGCGGCUGACACGGCAGCCGCAGGCCGCCGAGCAGAAUGGACACGUGAACAGCUCCAUUGGCCCUGGCCCCGAGUGGGAGACAGUGGUUCGAGUGGUUCCGGCCAUGGAUGCUGUCGUGAAGGUGUUCUGCGUUCAUACAGAUCCGAAUUUCUCACUGCCGUGGCAGCGUAAACGGCAGUAUAGUUCAAGCAGCAGUGGGUUUAUCAUUGGUGGAAGGAGGGUGCUGACAAAUGCGCACUCCGUGGAGCAUCAUACUCAGGUGAAGCUCAAGAAGAGGGGUUCUGAUACUAAGUACUUGGCUACUGUUUUGGCCAUUGGAACCGAAUGUGAUAUUGCAUUGUUGACUGUCAAUGAUGAUGAGUUCUGGGAGGGUGUUACACCUGUCGAGUUUGGAGAUUUGCCUGCACUUCAAGAUGCUGUGACUGUUGUAGGCUACCCCAUUGGGGGUGACACAAUCUCUGUGACAAGUGGUGUUGUCUCCCGUAUAGAGGUGCUGUCUUAUGUCCAUGCGACUACCGAGCUUCUAGGGCUUCAGGUUCUUAUCUUUGCCUUUAUAGAUGCAGCUAUAAACUCUGGAAACUCUGGGGGGCCUGCAUUCAAUGACAAGGGAAAGUGUGUUGGCAUUGCAUUUCAGUCUUUGAAACAUGAUGAUGCUGAAAAUAUUGGCUAUGUCAUACCAACACCAGUUAUCAAGCAUUUUAUUAGUGAUUAUGAGAAAAAUGGUGUUUAUACAGGAUUCCCUGUUCUUGGGAUUGAGUGGCAGAAGAUGGAAAAUCCUGAUUUAAGGGUAGCAAUGGGAAUGGCAUCUGAUCAGAAGGGUGUCCGUGUUAGAAGAAUUGAGCCAACUGCUCCAGAAUCUGAAGUCUUAAAGUCAUCUGAUAUUCUCCUUAGCUUCGACGGGGUAAAGAUAGCAAAUGAUGGAACAAUCCCUUUCAGAGAUGGAGAACGCAUAGGAUUCAGUUACCUUGUUUCUCAAAAAUACACUGGCGACAAGGCAUUGGUGAAAGUUCUGCGUGAUUCUAAAGUACUUGAGUUCAAGAUCAAACUUCAACCACACAAGAGGCUCAUUCCAGCACACAUAAAUGGAAAACCUCCUUCCUAUUACAUCGUUGCUGGAUUUGUUUUCUCUGCUGUAUCAGUUCCGUAUUUGCGCUCUGAGUAUGGAAAGGACUACGAAUAUGAAGCUCCAGUGAAGUUAUUGGACCGGCAUAUGCAUGCUAUGGCUGAAUCUCCAGAUGAGCAGCUUGUUGUUAUCUCACAGGUACUUGUAGCUGACAUCAACAUUGGAUACGAAGAUAUUGUCAACACCCAGGUUAUUACGUUUAAUGGGAAACCAGUGAAGAACCUGAAGAGCUUGGCGAACAUGGUUGAAAGCUGCAAGGAUGAGUAUUUGAAGUUUGAGUUAGAAUACCAACAGGUAGUGGUUGUAAAAACAGAGACGGCGAAGGCUGCAACACUAGAUAUACUUGCAAUGCAUUGCAUACCUUCGGCAAUGUCUGAUGAUCUGAAGCCUUGAAAACGAGAAGUAGUGAAAUUUGGUUCCAGGUUCCUCUCAAGUUUUGAACUUUGGGGGUACAUCUCCAGAGAAAGUCAAAACAAUUAUGUUGGUAUGUAUCAUUCGUCCCCUCCCUUUUCUUUUGCCUAGGAAGAUGGAAUAGCUAGUCUUGGGCCUAGGAGGUGUUACUUGUUUCUUGUAGCCACAUUAUCUGUUUUAGAAUUCGGCUGAUAUAUGUGACUGAUUGAGAUAAUAUCUUAUGUUCUUCAUAUCUCUACAAAGGAAAAGAGAAUUGGAUUUGGAUGGUGAGUUAUCAUGUUUGAUGAAAGAUUUUUGUUCUUAUGAACUCUUUGUUCUGGAAACCUGCUUCCAACUUUUCAUGUCCACUUCUUUAAGUAUUUUGAGCUUUGGGUCAAGUUUGCGCCAGCUUGUUGAGCUUAUGGGCUAGCAAAUGGAUCGUUGGAUUUGUUGAUUGUGAGAUGUGGAGGUGGCGUAACAUUUUGAAAUGUCUCAAUUGUACUUAACAUGGAAUAUUCUACAUUGUAGCACUGCAGAUGGUAAUGUCGAUAUUCAUG